UAUAACCUCGUUCACUUGUUAUCAAUAUACCAACAUCAAAGUCACGCAACUAUGGCCGCUGCCGCCGACAAACCGAAGCCAUACUUCCCGCUGGCGGGUGGUGCCAAUGAUGGCUGGUCCAAAGAAGAUGAAGCCACGGCCACAUGCUUUUGUGGUGCCGUACAGCUCGCAUUCCCUACUCAGGGUCCUGGUCUCGUGAACACUUUUGUCUGCAAUUGCUCGGACUGCCACAAAAUCACGGCUUCCAUGUUUGCGAGCAAUUUCACCGUCGACGACAAGUACCUCAAGCACCUACGUGGUCAAGACAACCUGAAAACCUUCGGACAGUCACGUACCAUCGCUUCUGGCGAACUGAUGACCAAUUACUUCUGUUCGACUUGCGGGACGCUCAUGUACCGCGUCGGCGCGGCGUUUCCAGGCAAGAGUAUCUUACGAAUCGGUACAGUCGACGAUUUCACUUUGCACGAAACCAAGCUUAAGCCGCAAGUCGAGCAAUUUGUCAAGGAUCGAGUCGGGUGGUUGAGCGGGGUGGAAGGAGCACGAAAAGCCGAAGCUAUGGGUGUUUGAGCACUGUAUUUCCUGUUCCCUCAUCAAAUCGUGCGAGAAAGAAGAAGAGCAGAUUCUCAGACAACUUGCAAGGCUGUCAGAAUUCUGUCUGUC